CUCAACAGUAAACAAAAUGGCGGCUGUUGUAGUUCAAUCGCUCAAGGAAGGAGUUGUGUGGAAUCAUAUAACGAUAUUUGGCGGAUGAACUAUGAGCGCAAAUACUGCGCACAUGAGUUGUGAUGCUUUCAACAUUUUUGAGCUUUGUGGUGUUGCUUGUUGGGCUCAUGUUGAUCCAUAAGUGGAGCCCAUUAUUUGGCAGUGUCCUGUGUAGUGCCUUUGCGUUUUAUGGGAUACGAAGGCUCCUGCAACAUAAGUUAAAUUUAAUAUUGACCAGACUUUGUCAAAAUGUGAAAUGUGGCUCGCAAGGGAGCACGUUCAUCUGCAACUGGACAAGCAACGUUGGAAGUCUACUUCACCGUGCUCUGCAUAGACGAAGAGAACUUGUCAGCACGCUUCCAGUUGAUGAGCAGGCUACGUCCGGUAGCUAUCAGGACGAAAGAUGCGAUCGCCGUUGUAACCCAGGAUCGGCUCACAUCGCUGAAGUUAAAACAUUCGUAGAAAAUAUCAGGGUACGGUACAUCCAGUCUUGGUACGGAUUGGUCAGUUCAAAUGAGGACUUUCCGUGGGAGCUCGAGUUCAUUAUAGAGGACGUGUUAUUAGCAAUAUGCGAAAGACUUUCAUCUCUAGACCCAUGUAAGCUCACAGAACAGACAAUUACCCUUUUCCAUGGACAUUACCGAAACUACGUGAAUGCCUUAAUGAAGGUGGAACAUGCAAGACAGUCUGGAGCGGUGGGAUCAAGCGUGAAUUGUUUGCAACAAGAUAUUAUGCAGCACUUUGCGGGUGAUCACUGGGCACUGAAAGAUGAGAUUCAUGAACAGUGCUACAUGCAGUCUGUUACAUCUGUCCUGCUUGGCUUAGUACAGCCACCUAAUAUACUCACAAGCCCAGCAACAAACGCACUUGUUAUUGACAUACUUACAAACAACAUUAUAGCAACAGUUGUAGACCUACUAUCAGACCCAAACUGGCUCAAUGGUGCAGUUGUUUAUCUGUGUUGUUGUGAAAAUGAUCCUGAUAUAUUGUCAUUUAGUAGAAGCGCACCACAUGAGCUGGAAGCAGGAAGUUUAACAGUCUAUGGGCCACCUGAGCAGCAAGCUUGUGGUGCUACUGAUUUCACAGCACCUACACCAGAGAGCGAGUCUUCACCAACUCUUAACGUAACCUCAAAGAAUUUACAAGUGACUCAGCCAGAAGCCUGCAACCUGACAAUCCCCAGUGACUCUAGUACAUCUGCUGUAGAACAGCAUUCCACGUUGCCAAAAGUAUACUUUAGUGCUCAAGAAAAUGCAGCACAGUUACUGCCUUAUAAUGAUAUCGAACAGGCUGUUGAAGCAGAAUUAUUCCUUGGAUCACUAACCUUCUCAGACAUUCAUAUCACACGUACAGAGUCUCGGACAGUACCAGGGAAAGGUGUGCAUACCGUAUACUGUAUAGAAUACGAAACCUCAAAAACAGAAGAAGGACACCGUGUUAUCUGUAAAGUUCAUGAGACCUGGAGGCGGUUUCGAGAGUUUUUGGACCUUCAGAGCAACCUGGAGAAAAACCCAGCACUUGACAAGCACCUAAAGGGCAUUCGUGGUCCAAGCAGGUGGCUUGGCAGUCGCCUUUCUGAUAAAAAGAAUGUUAUGGAGAGGCGUGUGUUCCUUGAGAGGUACCUGAGGGAUCUGUGCUCUCGCAACACUAUAGCUAAUAGUGAUGAGUUCCGCAAGUUCUUGGAUUUUGGUGUGGAUUCCGAUGACUCCUCUCUGCCAAAGACCACCAUAUCAUCAGCACGAAUUGACAAACUUGCCCAAGGAGUAAAGGAUGCGCUUGACCUGUUUAGGAGGCUUCCUUUGGACGAUCAUGGCAUUAACCUCCUCUCACCAUCAGAAAACAGCUUGCUCCUCCUCGCAGAAUCUCUUCCGAGUGAAGUAGACUUCAUUUUCUCUGAUAAGCAGAUCCUUCCUCUUCAACAGACUGUCUUCAACUUUUUGGAUAACUUUGAUCAAGCUUCAUCUCCCGAGUUUUCUCCGCCACAGACACCUAGCUGCCUCCCGAGCACAAGAGAUGCAUCUCCAAGUUCACCAUCUUUGCAGAGUCAUACAGGGUCAGGAAACCCACCACCGAACUUUAUUUCCACAUUUGCUGCAAGAGCACCAGACAUGGCCGAACACGUUUGUUCAUCAGAAGCACUGAGUGACCUAAUUGGUUCACUCAGCUCUGAUAUCCCACUGUCCAGUGCAACAAUCAACCUCGCGUUGGAUGCUGUAUCUGGGCUCGAAGUAUUCAACUCUGCACGCCUUGUGUUGUUGUUUGAGUUCCUCAUCGGGAAGGCUUUUGAGAAGUGGUUGACAGAACGAAUGCACACUGCUCUUGGAUAUUCUAGAGGCGUUACAUAUGUGCAUCGUUUGCACGAGAAGCUCUGGGGAAAAGGUGCCAGUCAGAUCACAUUCAAUAAAGAGCAGGCGAAACAGGCAAUUGAAAAGACUGUUCCGUUUGGACUUCAUUUGCUUCUAGGGGCCAAGAAUGUUACAAAGUCUGCUGAUCUUGUGGUGGAGUCCCUUCAAGUGAAGAGACUCAACAGGUGUUUGGUGUACCAGCUGUUAGACAAAUAUGUUGACCUUCUCAUGUAUCAGGAGCAAUGUGAUCUCAAUUCUGAUGAAGAAGUUUGAAUGUCGUGUACUGUACUAGACUAAGAGUGACGUGAAACUCACUUGGUCCCAAAAAUGUUGUUUCCCAAAAAUAUUACAUUUAUUUUCAUAAAUGGGAUAUUUAAUAGUUUUUGUUUUGUUUUCCAACCACUGCUGUGUAUCCAUGGAUGUUGUGACCGUUCUGUAAGAGAAUAGCAAAAUGCAUGUUGAGGUUCAUAUAUAUAUAUAUAUAUAUGUUAAUGUGUUUAGCAGAAACGUGAAGAAAAUAAAGUUUAUUUAUUGCA